AUGUGCUCUCAAUUGAGGCUUGUGGCAUGCGUUUCUGGUAUUUAUAUAGCGUUUCUGACGUGGUCUUUGGUGUACGAACCUCUUACGACGCAGAUCUGGCCACAUUCGCAGGCUAAAUUUCAAGCACCAUGCGUGGUGGCCCUGGUGCAGGCAUCGGUCGCUGCAAUGACGGGUACCUUGUAUUUGAAGCAGCAACGCACGGAACACAGAGCCCGGGAAUUUUUACGCAAUUAUAUCCGGGACUUGCUGGCGAUUUCUCUGACUCAGAGUUUGUCGACUCCGCUGGCCGCAUAUUCAUUGCAAUAUGUGGAUUUCCUGACUUACAUGUUGGCCAAAAGCUGCAAACUGAUCCCUAUCCUUGUAGUUCAUCUGUUGCUUUACCACACGCGGAUUGCUAACGACAAGAAACUGGUCGCGAUUGCAGUAACUUUCGGGGUGGUUCUUUUCAAUUUGGGAUCCCAAAAAUCAAGUAAUAAGACUAGCACAAAAGAUGUUAGUCUUAUACAUGGGUUUUUGCCACUUUUGGUUAGUCUCUUGCUGGAUGGAUUCACAAACGCAACUCAGGAUACGCUUUUGAAGCGGAAUCGCGCUCAGAAGAAGCAAAAAUUGAUUACUGGGGGCCAUUUGAUGCUGGGACUCAAUUUUGGCAUCGUUAUAUGGAACCUACUUUACCUGGCAAUUAUAGACCCACAGCAAGCCAUCCGGACCAGAGCGAUGAUCUCUUUAGAUCCAAUUAUUGCGCUGUAUCUCCUGACUUACGCAGUUUGCGGAGCUCUGGGCCAGAUAUGCAUCUUCUACACCUUGCAAAACUAUGGAUCAUUGGUAUUGGUUAUGGUGACGGUAACCAGGAAAAUGACAUCGAUGAUUUUGAGUAUUAUAGUGUAUGGACACCAUGUCAGCACACUACAAUGGUUCGGAAUCAGCAUCGUUUUUGCGGGAAUCUCGAGCGAAGCACUGAUCAAGAGCCGAACGUCCGCUAAGGCCAAGGUUGAGGCCGAAAAAUCUGAGUAA